UUGUAGGGACAGUGGCGAAAUAUUGAUCCACCUCAGACUCAUAUGCCUGUGGGUAGAGUAGUCAGUUGAAGCGCGUGAAGGAAUCUGAUGCAGCUAUAAAAGGAGGGAAGUUCAGUUGUGUUUCUCCUUUUGGCCGGUCCGCAUUAUUCAUCUCUCUUGUGCCAGAGGCCGAGUCUUUCGGCGUUUCUCACUUUCCUUUGUCGAUUCCACCGCUUCUCUUUUGCGAACUUAAGCUUACGGUAACGUGCGAUACCAUCAAAGGUGGUUGUUGUCUUUGAACGUGUUCGUUGAACGCGAAUUCGUUAGAGUACUGUUUCCCUUCCCCAAAUUCGCUACGCGAGUGAGAGUUUCGAUUUAGAGAUUAAUUUUUGAGCUACGAUCCCGCACCGCAUUGCGAUACAUGGGCGCUUCAGAAUCUACUCUCUCAAGCGGACAGACGCCUGAUGACAGAAUCACCACCAUAACGGAGCGAUCGGAAGCUUCUGACCCUAUUUUGGAGCGCCUUAAAUCUCUCAAAAUUACACCUCCGAUAUUGACCUCUCCCCCAACAGAGGGUACUUUAACUGAUAUUUUGGUGAGGAAGCCUUCAUCGUCUUCGUUUUCAGGUACAGUGAAUCCCAAGGUUCUAUUGGAGCUCUUCUCAAUGUACCGUGAUUGGCAGGAGAAAAAGGCCCAAGAGAUAACCAAAAGACAGGUAUUCUUAAUACAAGAAUAGUCUAUUGAAUUUGUUGGAAGUCUCAUAUCGACUAGAGAUUAGACUAAUUUACAGUAAUAAGUGGAUGUAAACCUCAUCUUAUAAGUUGAUUUUGUGGAGUUGAGUUAGACUUAAAAUUCACUUCUUAACAU